AUUUUUCCCAGGUAAGUGUUGAUGUCUGUGUUCUCCUCCGCCACGCUGCCACAUCUCCAUAAUGCGGGAACCGGUUAUCUGAGAAGAGCUAAGACGGAAACUCUUCAGGAAAUCUUCAACAAGUACGCCACAGUGGACAUGGAUGGCGAGCUGUACAUGACAGCUAGUGACUUUGUGCGAAGCUACCUUGGCCUGUACACGGAGCCCAACCCCAACCCCAAGUCCAUCCAGCUCCUCGGCGGUAUCUUGGACACAAGCAAGGAUGGCCUCAUAUCGUUCUCCGAGUUCCACGCCUUCGAGGGCCUCCUGUGGUGUGCCUGACGCCCCUCUACAAGACUGCCUUCUCAGCUCUUUGACACCAAGGGAACUGGAAUGGUUACGUUUGAGGAGUUCGUGGAGGUGAUCAAGCAGACGACUCUGCACCCAGAAAGUUCCUUUGACUUCGACAGCGACUUUGUCAAGAUGUAUUUCGGCAAGGAGAGGAAGAGAGCCAUAAACUACACGGAGUUCAGCCAGUUUCUGCACGACUUUCACGAGGAGCAUGCCGUCCAGGCCUUCAAGAUGUUCGACAAGACAGGUUCAGGCUUCAUCACAGCCUUGGACUUCAAGGACAUCAUGCUCAAUAUCAAGUCCCACCUCCUCACCAAUCCCGUGCAGACUAACCUGGAAUGUAUCUUCUUUCGCCAGGCUGCAACAGGACACAAAGUGAGCUUCCCAUUCUUCAUGGCCUUCAAUUCACUGCUCACCAACAUGGAACUGUGCAAGCGUGUGUACCUCAAUUCCUCAGGAGGUUCUCGGACGCAGGAGGUGACGAGAGAGGAAUUCUUGCACUCAGCUCAAAUGAUGUCCCAAAUUACACCCCUGGAAGUGGACAUCCUCUUCCACCUCACUGAGCUCAUCAGUGAGAGUUCUGGGAAGAUAGUGUACAGUGACCUUGAGGCCAUCACGCCAGAGCAGUACAUGAAGGUCAUCACCCGCAAGCUGACAGACAUCAAGGCGGUGGAGAGUCCAGAGCAGCGCGGCGUGCUGGUGCAGAUCAUGGAGAGUGCCUACAGGUUCACCCUUGGCUCCCUAGCUGGUGCUGUGGGUGCCACUGCUGUGUAUCCCAUUGACUUGGUGAAGACCAGGAUGCAGAACCAGCGUACUGGCUCCUACAUUGGUGAGCUCAUGUACCGCAACUCCUUUGACUGCUUCAAGAAGGUGAUCCGGCACGAGGGCUUUGUGGGCCUGUACCGUGGCUUGAUACCUCAGCUAAUUGGCGUGGCCCCAGAGAAAGCCAUCAAGCUUACUGUCAAUGACUUGGUGCGUGACAAACUGACUGACAAGAAGGGGAACAUCUCUCUCGCCUCAGAAAUCAUUGCUGGUGGAUGUGCUGGUGGUUCCCAAGUAGUGUUCACCAACCCACUGGAAAUUGUCAAGAUUCGUCUGCAAGUGGCUGGUGAGAUUGCCACAGCACAGAAGCCGUCCGCCCUCAUGGUGGUGAAGGACCUCGGCCUCUUUGGGCUAUACAAGGGUGUUCGAGCCUGUCUGCUGCGAGAUGUACCGUUCUCAGCAAUCUACUUCCCUGUCUAUGCUCAUUCCAAGUGGCUACUUGCUGAUGAGAAUGGCUACAACUCCCCUUGGUCCCUCCUCAUUGCUGGUGCUAUUGGUGGUGUGCCGGCUGCCUCACUCACAACACCUGCCGAUGUGAUCAAGACUCGCCUGCAGGUGGCUGCCCGGGCUGGCCAGACCACCUACAGUGGUGUGUUUGAUGCGGCACGCAAGAUUUGGCGUGAGGAAGGAACCAAGGCAUUCUGGAAGGGGGCCCCAGCCCGAGUGUUCAGAUCUUCGCCACAGUUUGGUGUGACGCUGGUGACCUAUGAAGUGCUCCAGCGACUCUUCUAUGUUGACUUCGGUGGCACUCGGCCACAAGGCUCUGAGGCACAGCUCCCGGCCUCAGCUGCUGACCUCCGCUCCACCAAUCCUGACCAUGUUGGCGGGUACAAGGUUGCAGUGCCCAUCUUCAGGGGAAUUGAAUCCAAAUUUGGCCUGUUCCUGCCCAGAUAUGUGUGAGGGAGGAGAUGAGUAGCCACAUGUUUUUUCAGAGAUGUAGGAGAGCAAAGUUCACCGGUUGUUUAAUUAAGUCGUUGCCAGUUUAAAGUAUAACAUCAACAUUCAUUGCCUGUGUCAGCUGUGAGUGACACCAAGGAACUGUUUGAUGUAGUAGAGAGGUAUGUAGAUGUUUUAUUUGUUAUCAUUCUAAAUAUGUAUAUGAUGAAUGCCACAGGGAUGCAGGAUCAUGACUGCUCCUCCAGUAAGACAAACACCUCCAUUUUCUAACCUUGAGUUCAUGUUGGCACAUUCAAUUUUAUCACAUCAUAAUUAGGCUGAAUUAGUGCUUUCCUGCGCAAUCAAUUCCACACGCCACACUGUCAGACAAGAUUAAUUUUAAAUGAGCAGUAGAUUGAUAUAAAAGCUCUUGCAGUUUUGCAGUUUCAAUUCGUAUCCGUUCUUUUCUCAGCCUUUCAUCGAGCAUAACAGGUUAAUUCACUUGCUCUUUGUUGUGUUAGCGCUCUGCGCCUGCUGCAUUUAGUGCCACUGGAAUAGGCUGCCAAUAAUAUAGCAUAAAGCUUUUCCUCAUCUCACGAUCAUGUACAGUGUUCAUGUACAUACUGUUCCUUGUGAUGAUUUUGUUUCCUAGUUCAUGUUGUACAUACAAUAAAGAAAAUAUUAUCUGAAGUGCACAAACUUCAAGCUAUCAAUCAUGCAGCUGAGGCAUUUUUGUGCUCAGGUUUGGUUCAUGUAUUGUUACCUAUUUAUUUAGAGUCCGUGGUAAGGGAGCUUUCCGUAAUGAAGAACAGACUACGCACUAGCUCGUUAUCUGUUGGCCCUGGAUGGAGAAAAUAACUAGAUAUUUAUUGAGCAUAAAUCAGCUGGGCUGUCAUUCUGUGGUGGACUGAAGUGGCGUAGUUAUGUGUGUAUAUUUGUAAAGAAGUGUUGUAUUUGAGGCCAUGAUUCAUACUUCAUAGUGUAUUAUUUAUUUGUCAUUACUGCCAGAGUUCUCUGAAGUCAGGGAAUGGCAACAAGACAGCUUCAUUGUUGAUUCUCGUACUUUUGUCACACCACACCUGCAUCAGUAAGCUGUAUUUAGAAGCUUUUAUUUAUGUUAAACCAAAGGUGUCUAUUGAAGUGCUAGCAAUAGCUUUAGCAUAAUACUGUAAUUCAUGUAAAUUUUAAAGUUACAACAAUCUUUUAUUUUCAGUAAAAGACACAUGAAGAUGAACAUACAUUGUUAUUGUUGUCAGUGGAGAUGCUGUUCUACACAGUGCAUGUAAGAAUAUCAAGAACCUGAGUCUAGGAUGGUGAAGCUACUGUAAAUAGUCUGCCUUUGUUCCUCAAAUGACCCACCAAUGGUGCGACCUCAGUUGUCGGCACAUUAAAGGUGAUUAUGAUC